AUGGCUGCUUCAUCAGAGAUAUUUGCUCAGUUAGAUGAUUUCCUUAAUGCUUAUGAAGGGGAUAAAGCAUACAAUUUGGCUAAAACAUUACUUGAAGAAGCUGGAGAAAAGGUAGAUACUAAUUUGUAUUUAUGCUUCAUGCAUGCAUGUUACAUUGUUUCUAACUGUUCUACCAACGAGAUAAAACGUAAAACCGUGCUAGAUGAAGCAUAUGGAUACGGGAAAAAAAUCUUUGAAUUGGAACCAAACAAUCGUGAAGUGCUGAAAUGGUGUGCAAUAAUAACGGGAUCAUUAGCUGAAGUAGCAACAAUGAAGGAAAAAAUAGCUCUUGGACAUGAAUUUAAAAAUUACUUGGAUAAAGCAGCAGAAAAUGAACCAGAUUCAUCUAUAUUCCACAUGCGCGGACGAUUUUCAUAUCAAAUCGCAAAUUUAUCCUGGCUUGAGCGUACAGCAGCUAGCGUUGUGUUUGGUGCACCACCAUAUGCUACAAUUGAAAAUGCUCUCAGUGAUCUUCUACGAGCUGAAGAGCUUAAUCCAGGUCAAAUUGAUAAUCAGCUUUAUAUAGCCAAGUGUUAUUUAGACCAAGGUGACAGAAUAAAUGCUAGUAAAUAUUUAACAAAUGUGAUUUAUUCUCACGCUGUUGAUGAGAUUGAUGUUGAACAGCAAAAUGAAGCAAGAAAACUCAUAGAAAAUAUAAUAAAAGAACAGUCACAAGAGUUGAUUACUUUAAAGAUGCCAGAAGAAAUCACAAUGAAAACGAGAAAGGCCAAAGAUAAUACAAAAUUAGAAGACACAAGUGAAGAAUCUAAUCCAGAAGAUACUAAUGAUACUGUGAAACCAGAAUAA